AGAAUUGAUUAAAUUCACGAUUUUUGUGGUUCUCUCGAUUGAUUUGUCUGAGUUUCAGACUGUUAGCUCUCUUGAUCACUUCUCUGGUUCGAUAUCGAGAAGUUUGAAAGAUUUUGUUGAGCGAAUCGGUGUUUACGGCGGAACAAAAAGGUUCUAGUCUUGGAACUUAAGAAAAUUUCACAAAAUUUAAUUCCUGAGAUUUGAAAUGGAAAACCCAAAACGAGAAGGCUCGAUUGAUGAGAAUAAAAUUGAGGGAUCGGAUCGCUUAAAUCAAACUUCCGAUGAGAUUUCUGACGAAUCUGCUGUUGGUGUUUCGUCGAGGGAAUCUGAAGUCGCUUGUGUUAGUUCUAGAGGCCCUUCGAUCACUUCUCGGGAGAGUGGGAGAAUCUCUGGAAGUGAACGUGAUCUUACUGAGAGGCUUAGGGGUAUCUUCAGAGAUGAGGUUGAUGAAGAUCUGUUGCUACAGAGAACCGAUCAAGGAAACGGCAUCCUUCAGUGGCUACAGGCCUUGGAUGUGCAGGUUAUGGGAGGCUGCCGUGCCGAUGAAAGGCUGAAGCCGUUGCUGAAGCUGAAUGUCUCGAGUGGUGUUACGGAUGAUUGCUUGCUGGCGCAUAUAAGUCAGCAUUUCGAGGCCCCAGAAGUUGGUAUGCUGGCGAGAUGUUUGUGCAUUCCGCUCGUUACCAUGCGUGUGGGGAAGGUCGUCAAGCAAGGAACCCUUUUGUGUCCAACCGCUAAAAGAGGAAAUCUCUAUAUCACUCUUUUGCCCACAUCUGAUUUGCGCGUCUCAUUUGCUGGGGAUGAUGGCUGCACAGAGAAAGUAGUUACAUUGAGUAGCAAUUCUGAAAGCUCUGUGGCAAUAGAAGAUAUCCCAGCUGACAAUUCUGGUCGUUCUUUCCUAAUAAAGCUACCAGAUGGGAAAGUCUCAUACUUCUGGUGCUCGGAAAAAUCAAAGCUCCUUGGCAUGGAGUUGCUUGCAAAGAUGAAGGAUAUUGUUAAUAGGAAGCCUUCUUUAGCUCAGCUAACUGGCAUCAGUGAGUCACGCCUCGACUGCUUUGCAACUCAUCUCCGUGCUUAUCUAAUUGGGUCAACAGUGAGCAACCCCCAAUCAAAUGCAAAUGUGUCGUCUUUUUCUUCAGUGGGUACUGUAUCCAACUCUCCUGAGUUGGACCCAAUCAUCCAACUUGUGCCUGCAUCUACAAAGCCAUGCCGUGCACGAUACAACAGUAGUCAAGCAGUAAAAACUCAUGCCCUCUAUCAAGGCAGCCUCAGCCCAAGAUCUAAUUCUUUCAAGGAUGGCUUGCCAAGGAACAUUUCCCUUGCUAAAAGUGUUUCUAGGGAAAAGAUCAAGCGACGGGGAGAUGGUCAUCUUUCAGUUGAGAACCUACCUGUUGCUUCCACAUCUGCUGCACAAGGAUGUACUACUACCUGCACUAAAAAGGACGACCACCUUCUGGAGGUCAGUGGAUCCCAGCCCCUAUUGCCAUUAGGCUUCUUGCAAUCUCUUGGGAAGCUGGAUUCUCUACCCGCAUUAAGUCCAUUGUCAUCCCAAAUUCCAUCCAUGAGUGCUUCAAAUUAUUCCCCCUACUACUGCUGGUGCCCUCCCUGCACAUCAACCUUGCAAUGCUCUGCAACACUUCCACAACUUCCUAUCCCCUGGAGUGAUUCUUUGUCACUGCCUACUGUGUCUUCCUUAUUAUCGGACAUGAGAUCCCCUAGUACCCUGUUCCCACCAAAAAGUUCUCUUGAUAUCACUGAUAUCAUAUCAUUGGAUUUCCCCGCUCUCCUGCCUGACCCAGUGAAUCAGUUACCCCUCCCAGUUUCUUCGAUCAUCUCUGCAGUAAGCUCGCAGCAGAUUCCAACUUUCACUCCCUUGAUGUGUGACCCUAUAGUGCACAUUCUUGAUGUCUGCUCUUCAGGUCAAGGCUACUUGGUCAGUGCAGGGCCUGCUAUUUCAACCACUAUACCAUCUUUGCACCCAAACAUUGUGGGCCCGUUGAUGGCAGAAACAGAAUCAGUGGUAGAGAAGGGUGCAAGGGAAACGCUUCGGCUGCUCAUUAGUUCAACUCAGACAAAUCCACAACUGAUGGGUGUGCUACCUGUUUUGAACAGCACCGACGAAAAACAUGGUAACCUUGCUGCAGAAAGCAGGGCACUUUAUAAUGGAAUAGGAGAUGUUGGCGCCAUUGAAAACACAGGUGGUGUGGUGGGAUUAGUUUCUCGGCAAAUGAUACAUUGCAGGGAGGAUGAUUUGGACAACAUAUCACAGGUUACGGAGGGCCCUGAAAAGUCCUGUUCGGAUGAUAGUGGAGGGGCUACAGACUGACUGGAAUGUUGAAAGUUUUUUGCCUUUUGUUUUUGCACCUCCACGGCAUGUAUCCAAGGAAAAGUGUAAAUAUGUAUGUGCUGUAAUUCGGACAUUUUCUAGUUCGUUGAAAAGCUUAUAAUUGAUGCGAGUCAA